AUUAACGUGUUUUAGGAAUGCUGCACCAACUGGUCUGCACAGAAAGUCCAGAGUUACAUUCAGCGAUGAUGUAACUCUGAAGUCGUCAGUCAGCUGCUCGGCGUCUGCGAGCUAUUUUUGACCCGACCCGUCUUUCUGCUCAAAGAAAAAUAUGGAACAGGAAGAGCAGAAAGGAGGUUCAAUCAGAUAACAGACUUCCUGCUCGGGCACUCGGAUCGCCGCACCUCUGCCGAGUCGGUGGACCGUCUCUGCCUUGAAAUGACAAAAACAACUGUACAUCCAGGAUGUGAUGUCAUGGAUGGAAACCCCGAUCCAGCGGGGUCAUCAAACAGCCACAGAAAAGCUGCAUGCUCGGGGAGCUCUGCAGGAGACACACUGACCUACAUCUAAUGGAAAACACUGCAAGAAGCAGGACGUCAGCCUGACAGAUGUCUCCUCUCGGGUGAAGAUUAAACUCCAACCAUCUCAGAAAAAAAAAAAAAAAUCACCCUCCAGAGAUUAUUCUGAACUACACACAGCUGAAAGACUUUGGGGGAAAGAAGAAUUUUGCUUCUUUUUAAGGUUCUUCAUUAAAAACACGAGUUCAAUGUCUGAGAUCAUCGUGGAGGUCCGUCUCUUUUUAAUCUUCUUGGCAAAUUUAGACACCUGAAGGGUUUGAAAAGGAAGCAACCAUUUUCAAAGGUGAAUUCAAUGAGGCUGCACCAACGAGGAGCACAAACACCUCAUCCAGACCUUUUUUCUGAUCCUGCAACAUAAAUCAAACUCCAGACUAACAAAAGAAGAAACGCUAACUCAUCCCCUCCCUUUGUCCUUUGGCCCCAAAGCUGAACCAAAUGGACAGUCUGGGUCUACACAUCCCAGCGACCAACAACGCAAACACCAUGGAGGUGGACACCUUCCCCGCCUAUAGUGCGAGCCUCCCGUCCCCACUUCCUGAAGGUGGGGUGCGUAUUAGCCGGCAGGCUAAAGGUUCCAAGCCGACUGUGACCUCCCGUCGCAAGCGGGAGUUCAUUAGUGAUGAGAAAGAUGCUUCCUACUGGGAAAAACGGAGGAAGAACAAUGAAGCAGCCAAGCGCUCAAGGGAGAAGCGUCGCCUCAAUGACAUGGUGCUAGAAAACCGGGUCAUGGCACUCAACGAGGAGAAUGUGCGUCUUAAAACCGAGCUCCUUCAGCUCAAGUUACGCUUCGGCCUCAUCAGCACAGCCUCCUACAUGGAAAAAAGUCAGCAAAUCUCCAACGGGAUCGGUGACGGGAGCACGAGCAGCAACAGAAGCAGCACUAACGGCUCCUCUAGUAGCAGCGCCUACCUCUCAAGCAGUGGCUACUCUAGUGCAUCCCAGGUGAUGCUGAAUUCUGACUCCUCUGCGGAGCAUUCGAGCCGCGGUGAGCGCCACACAUCAAUCCACAAGUACUCUCCACGGGGCUCCAUCUCUGAUAUGUCUGAUGGGUCCUCGAGAGACAGUCCAGAACCUUCGAGCUACACCAUUAAGAAGGAGCCCUCAAGUCUGGAAGUGGCCAGAACGGAAAGCAGUGCGAUUACUAACAGGAGGCUCAGUGGAUUCAGUCACGAGACCCACAGCAACAGUCACACCACACUGGUAUCUCCUCACCAGCCAACCACUCCGCUGACUGAGAGUUCCCUGGACUACAAGCAGCAGCAGCCACAACAGUGCCACACAGUGAGCAACAGUACAGCUCCUCAAGCUGCCUCUGCACAGAGGAGCGUCAUCCUGUACAGAUCGAGCAGCGGCUGUUAUCCCAUGGAGAGUCAGAGACCAGAAGACCACAAACACCAGACCCAGCAGAGUAGACUCUUGCAACAUGGCCAGCAGAGCUUCACCUCCAACAUCUCCGACUGCUCGGUGACCAUCACGGAGGUUGCUGAAAAACUAGAGAGAACGAAGACCUUGGACUCACCACAAUAUGAAUACACAGAUGGUUAUGCAGACUCCACCGAAGAGUUGCAGAAAAGGUACACUGCCUCAGCUCAGCAACAGCACCAGGAACAUUACAGCUACCAGGACGAAGAAAGCAGGUUUCAGUAUGCAGAAGACCACCAGAACUCAUUUGCCCCCGAUCUAAUCCACAACACUGAGGAGUGCAAGUCCUCCUUUCCCCAACACAACGGCUACCUCAAUACACUGGAUGAGGAACCCCCAGAACUCACCUACGAGGGAGGUCCCCAGCACGACUGCUUCUAUCAGGAGAAUUCCUCUGGUAAGGACACUUCAUCCAGUGAUGGGGAUGCCCGGAGCUCUGACAAGGAGGGUUCCACAGAUGAUGAGUCACCCUCAUCCUCCUCAGACACUGGCAGCUACCACCAGAAUGUGGUUGGAGCUGUCGGUUCGCACGUUGAGUGCCAGGCUGAGGUGAAAGCCACUGCCCUUCCCCACAAGCUCCGUCUCAAGUACAGAGCCCUGUCCAAUGGAGCAUCGGGAGCUCAGGCGGAGGGACUGGGCAGCCCUUCAACUUCAAAGUCCCCAUCUCCCACCUUGCCACAGCACCCAUACUUGGCUUUACCCACCAUCCAUCACAGUGGCCAAGUGCACGGGGACGGCAAAGACUGUGAGAAUGAGAUGGAUUAUGUGGAAGAGGACGAGCCUCUGUUUAACGAAGGAGCAGAGGCAGAAAGUCAUGGAGCGAGAGAGUGAUCUAGCAGCGGAAGAAGCGGUCGCAAUAUGAGGCGAGCUUAAGAACAAAGAGCAGAGCUGGUGUUCUUCUGGUGCCUGGACUCUGUUGUCUGACACCUCACACUGCUACGUGACAGGACAGAAAAGAAGCCAGGGACCUUUGCAAAGUGUAGUAAGGAUGUCGUUUCAUCCUCAAGUUUCACUGUGUCACCAGUUUCCCUUCCUACCUCCUACAUUAUCUCUAAUAACUUCACGAGGGAGGGAGUAGAAUGAGACGCUCUGCAGCCGGAGUCUGAGAUACAUCGAUAUUACUCAAUUACUCAUUCUAAAGUGCCCUGGUGGCUGACUUGUGUAUAACACUUCUAGUAUGGCUUUAUGGGAACGUAAUUUUGACCAAAGACUACAGAUCCUUUAGAGCCUCCCCCCUUUUUUUUUUUGGCAAUGAGCAGCAUUCUCCCUCCCUCUGAACGUUCACCCUCUCCUUCAGGGGUCAUGAACCCUGCUCCUGGCUAAUUAAUUAAGUCAGGUGUGCUCAACCAAUCAAGAGCAAGGAAACACCAGACUUCAUCAAUAAGCCAAAGCAGGUAGAUGUGGAGAACAUGCAGGAGCAGGGUCACUGACCCCUGGUCUACUCCUCCAUCACCUACAUGGUAACCCCCUUCACUUUUGAAGCACUUAGAUUGUAUAUUACUGUGACAUAUAAUUUGCAUAUAUGGAAAAUAUAUAUUUUUAAGAAAAAUGUGGCAAAAAAACUGAGAUCUGGAAGCUGACUUAAAAGUGAAGACAGUUUUUAUUCGAGAGACAUCUUGUACAGUCCCUUUACUUUGUCUAGCAAAUGAUGCAAACAUUUUCGAGCCGUAACCUGUUUAAAAAAAAAGUCAGCUUCUCAUUAAAAUAGUCAAACCUACUCAACACGCAAAAAGUACUUUUCACCGCAGGGACUAGAUCCUCAGUACUGUAAUAUCGGGUCUUUAAGACCAGCCCAGAAACAGGCUGAGAUCCUGAUUCCAUUUCCACCAGGCGAGAAAGACCCCGAUCGUCAUCGUGACACAAGUGCUACAGGUGCACUCAAACUAGUCCCAACUUGUUAAAGCUCUACAUCUUUACUUGGACCCAGUUCCAGUGCUGCUGAAUUUACAGUUUGAUUUCAUUCAUACGUUUACGCUGGUAAACAAUUCAACAAAUACCGUAUAAGUAGCAUAAAAGUCCACGCUGGAGGUAGUGCCUCAAGACAUCCCUGGUACAUCAUAAAUUCAGUUCUUAGUUCCUCCAGUGGAAACAGUUCAGAGACCAGCUCCUGCGGUGGAAACUUACCAUCGAAGCCCAUUAAUUGAAUAUCAGUUCAGGCUAUUCAGUCACACGUCACUUUUAGCAAAACCUAAUAAGCACAACGAAAGCCUCAUUUACUGGGUAUUAAAAAUAAAUAAACAAUUAACUCAUUUUCCAGACAAACACCUCUCGAGUCCACAACCAGCAAAGCUGUUCUCACUUCAACAGGUGCCUCUUUUACUGACUAGAUAUCAGCCAGUGUCUUAACAAGCCGACUCAUUUCACCCAAUUCUUUUAGCUGCAGUCAGUAAAUCUUCAUUAAAACUUUGUUAGCACGAUGUUUCACCAUUACCGAAGGCUGCUGAAUGUCCUCAUUUUGACCGCACACAGGAAAUUAUACCCACAGACAAAUAUGUUUGAUUUCGUUUGUUACCUUACCUGCGUUUUUACUUGUCCACCUGCGGUUACAAACCUUGUUAGCGAUCAGACUUUAAUCCCCCUUUAAACGAUUUAUUCAGAACAUGUCGGCGCUGGUUGUGACUUUACACAUUUUGCACGUGAUGUGCAUCACAUGGAAUGUUAAAUGUGAGUAAUGUUAGUUGUCUAUUUGAUUAGUCAUUCAAGCUUAUGCUAGUUAGCACUUAAGUCAGUGAGGUGGUUAUAUGUGAAUUACUUUUUUUUUUACUACAGCUAAUGCUAGUUAGCUUUUAGUCAACAUAUUAAUCACUCAAGUUAACAUGAAUGAAGUGAACAUAUUAGAGCGCUAGCAUUUGUUGUGAAUUUGAUGUUUUCCCCCUACUGAAGUUAAAGUAGCCUUUAGCCAACAUAUUAUUUAAUCAAACAUAAAUUUAAUCAAUUCAAGAUAACAUGAAUUAGCAUAUUAGCGUGCUAAUGCUUGAUUUGAUGAGUCACACCAGCUAACAGUAUACAAAUAAUGAAUGUUUAUGAGUACAGUGGUAAGAAUAUUUCAUGGAGGUGAAAGAUGGAACAUUCUAUCGUUCACCUCCAUGAAAUAUGCUUCCCAUAGCAUGAAUGAAAAAAAACAUUAUUUGUUUUAUAUGAUAACAGAUCAAUGUCAUUUGAUGUUUUACUUAAAAUUCUUCUCUGAGCAGGAAUCUGAGGACACCAGGACCCAGCAGUUUGGUCCGGCUGCUGCAUUUAGCUUCCUCAUAUCAUGGAAACAUUUUUACGAAAAGCUGAGGUUUGCAGUAGAGCGAAACUUAUGGGACAAAAAUGUGCGGUACUGAUGUCACUCAUAAAAUGGGAAAAAUAUUAAUGUCACAGUCUACCAAUCCAAUGAUGAGGAUCUAUUUUGACAUCAUAUAGCAGAUUUUAGGUAAUUAAUCACAUCCCGUAGUGAGCUAAAGUAAAUGAACAACCUGGUUUGGUUUAGUUCCUGGAAUGGAAAAAAAAAAAAGGGGGGGGGGGGGGGGGAGACAUCCAUUUUUCUUUUUUCCUCACGAUGACUAAAAGUUGACCUUCCUGUAGAUGUCAGGUUGAAGCUUCCAGGAAAUAGUCAGACUCGGCGGUCUUCUGUAGCAGUGAGGUAUCCUGAGAAUAAAGUGAAGCAUUUUGGGAAUAAAUGGCCAAAAUGUCCCGAGACUCUCCCAAUGCAGUCGCUCAUAAAACGUGUAAAAGUUAAGGUGUUUCACUUCCUGGUGCCUGGCCACUAUGUAGAAAUGUAAAGUCGUCUCUUUAUCUCUUGUACACUACUGUUGUUGUUUUAUUAUUAUAAUUAUUUUCUAUUCUAUUUGUUUAUUUUUGGAUAUUGUUGUGUGUUUUAUUGCCAUCCUGUUGUGUCAUUUGCUCUUCCGGGUCGUGUUGUGUAUUUACCAUUUUUACGCCGUGUUACUGUGUAAUCUUUGUCGUUUGCCAAAAUGCUUUUUGAAAACAGAGAAAAGAAAAAGAACAAAGUUUGUCCAGAAGUGAUUAUUUAUUGCUUCACAUGGAUAUGCAAAAUGGUUACAAAUAAAUAAUUAAAGGGG